AUGUUUGAUCCAUUCUCCGCGAACUUCGACGCAGCGGUGGCACUAGAACGAUCCCCUGAAGGUUCCAGCAGCAACGAUUUCCAUGAAACCGUUGACGACUUUGAGAAGGCUUUCGUGAGCGAGGAACCUCUUGUGGCACAGCUGAUCUGUGAACUGGACAGGCCACUAGGAACGAAGAGCAAAAAGCAGCAAAAGAGGGAAAGAAUUGUUCGUCUAGAAGAGAUGACAGUUGGUGGACGGAAACUGUUCGAACCACGGGUGCAGCCGACAGUAAGGCAAGAUGCUCUCGAAGCGGUACACAGUCAAUGGUCCACAGGUCCGAUGUCAUUGCUGUAUCGCGCUAUGAAGGGGUAUCAUGGAAUUGAGGUUCACAUUCGUGCCUUAAAUCGAAUCGAUCGAAUUGCAAGAGGGUAUGUGGUCGCUUUUGAUCGUCAUAUGAAUGUUGUAUUGAGGGACGUGGACGAAGUUUCUUUACCGGGGCGCAAGGAAGAGCGUAUGUUCGGUCGACGAAAGAAUCAGCAAGAUCACCUACCCCCAGGAAUGCAAUGGCAACGGGGUGGCGAGUGGCCGCGUCCGCUAGGGGAAUGUCGCACCGUGCUUCGACGUCAUCUACCGAGUUCAUGA